AUGGCUCAUCAUAGUUCAGGGGAUCCCGCAUGGGCUCAUGCCCGUGCAGGUACUUCCUCUGCUUCUGUGGCCUCUGCUCCUGCAAGUUCAGAUGAUCCCGCAUGGGCUCAUGCUCGUGUAGUGCCUAAUGCAAAAAAUAACACUAUAUCUUUGCAUUGUAAUAAGUUGAUUAAAGGGGGUGGUAUUACUAGACUUAAGUAUCAUCUUGUUGGGAUUAGGGGUCAAGUUGAACCAUGUAAAAAGGUUUCAUCUGAUAUUAGGUUUCAAAUGAAACAAAUGAUUGAAGACUUGAAAAAAUCUAAACAAACUAAAAAGAGGAUUCAAUUAGAAAUUGGGAACCCAUAUGAUGUUGAGGAGGAGGAGGAUGAGGUUAGGGUUGUUGAAAAGAGUCCCCAUCAAACAUUAGCUCAUUGCAUAGACUUGAUGUUGGAGAAUAUUGCUAAUCCUAGGUGGUUCCCUCUUGUUGAUGAAGCAAUUAAGAAGGCAAAAAAGAUAACAAAUUUCAUUUACAACCAUGGAGUUGUUUUAGACUUGAUGAGGCAAGAUUUUACAAAUGGAAGAGAGUUAUGUCGUCUUGCAAUUACAAGGUUUGCCACUAACUUCUUAAGUCUACAGAGCAUGCUAAGGUUCAAAAAAGAGCUUAGACAAAUGUUCACUUGUGAUAAAUGGCUUUCAUGCUCCCAUGCUAAGACUGCCGUUGGGAAGCAGAUAAGUAAAAUUGUUUUGGAAGAUUAUGCGUUUUGGUCUCAAUGCAAGCACAUAGUGAAAGUUAGUGAGCCUUUAGUUAGAGUACUUCAUCUUGUUGAUGGGGAUGAGAAACUUGCUAUGGGGUACUUGUAUGAAGCAAUGGACAAAGCAAAAGAGGAAAUAAAAAGAAGGUUGAAGAACAAAGUUUCUUUGUAUGGACAUUAUGUUAGAGUUAUUGAUACUAGAUGGGACAAACAACUUCAUAGUCCUCUGCAUGCAGCAGAUUGCUUUCUUAACCUUGCAAUAUACUUUAGGCCUUCAUUUAAAAGGCAAAAUGAAGUUCAAAGAGGGUUGCUAAGCACUCUAAUGAGGUUUGUUCCCGAUCCUGACAUUCAAGACAAAAUAAGUUCACAGCUUGAUGAGUACAAAAAAUCAAUUGGUGACUUUAGCACAUCACUAGCAAUCCGCCAACAAGAGAGACUAAAUCUAGUUUCAUGGUGGGAACAAUUUGGACUUGGAGCUCCAGACUUACAAUCAUUUGCCAUUCGUGUGCUAAGUCAAUGUUGUAGUGCAACUGGUUGUGAGAGAAAUUGGAGCACAUUUGUAUAUGUUCACUCAAAGAAGAGAAAUAGAUUGGAACAUAAACGAGUAAAUGAUUUGGUCUUUGUCCAUUAUAAUUUGAGGCUUCGAGAAAGGAACAUUCAAAGGAAUAAGUAUGCAAUGGAUCGUAUAGGCUUGGAUAACAUUGACUUGAUGGGAGAUUGGGUGGCUGAAGAACCUGCACUUCUUAAUCCAGAUGACAUAAAUUGGGAUUGUCUUAAUGAACCAGCAACCCUAGUGAAUGUGGAAGAGGAUGCUGAACUUGAAACUAUUGAUGUUGAUGACGAUGAUGAUGAUGACAACAACAAUGACCAUGUCUUGACAAAUCUUCCAAUGGGUGCUAACUUAAGUGUUAAGACUAAAUGA